GAGCCUGCCGGGCUCCCGUCCGCCCCGCCUACCCUCGUUGCCGGGCGCUGGCGGCGGAACCAGGCAGCGGCGGCGGCCAGGAUGGCAGCGCCCAUCAUCCCCGAGAGCGGCAGCAUAAAAAAAGCAGUGUUGCUCAUUAACAUGAUAGACCCAGGCAAAUUUCCUCGAUUACUCUCCCGCAUCCUUCAAAAGCUUCAUCUAAAGGCUGAGAGCAGUUUCAGUGAAGAGGAGGAAGAAAAACUGCAAGCUGCGUUUUCAGUGGAGAAGCAAGAUCUUCAUUUAGUCCUUGAAACUAUAUCAUUUAUUUUGGAACAGGCAGUGUAUCAUAACCUGAAACCAGCUAUUCUGCAACAGCAGCUGGAGAGCAUUCACCUUGAUCAAGACAAAGCAGAAGCAUUUGUCAGUGCAUGGACUGCUGCAGGUCAAGAUACAAUUGAAAAGUUCAGGCAGAGGAUUUUGGCCCCUCAAAAGCUUGAGACAAUUGGAUGGCAGCUUAACCUUCAGAUGGCUCAGUCCACCCAAGCGAAACUGAAAUCUCCUCAAGCUGUAUUAGAACUUGGAAUGAGCAAUGAAGAUUCAAAGAACCUGGAGAAAGUAUUUGUGGAAUUCAGUCAUCAGGAGCUGUUUGAGUUCUAUAACAAGCUGGAGACUAUACAAGCACAGCUGGAUUCCCUUACGUGAUGUUUUUGAAGACUUGUUUCUCCAUCGCACUCCUGCCACCUCAUUAUUUUGAAUUGAAGAUAGAUUGCCAAACUGUGUUCGCUGAUGGAUUCAAUAGGUUGCUUCCCUGUAAAAUUAUAUGGCUUAUCUCCUCUUAGACCAGUAACAUUAACCAAGGGGGAUCAUUGUUAAGAGUUCUGAGCUUCUAAUUGACUUUCUCUUGUUUUUGAACCAACAGCAUUUGUGAAGAACAGUGUUACUUGAGAAAAAAAUGUAAUACCAUACUGUUGGUUUAUAGUUCUUUUAUGCUUUAUUACCUGUGCUGUUUGAUUCAUUACAUGUCUGAUGGCAAUUCACAUACUAGUGAGGGAUAGGAAUAAAAUCUGUAUCAAAGUUAUUAGAAGAAUAUAAAACUUAAGGAGUAACAUUAGUAGAAGUAGUCAAAAAAUAGACAGAAUUGUCUCCAUCCUUUUGAAUUUCUCCCUUCCCUCCCAAUAGUGUUGAUUGCAAAUUAGCCAAAAUACAUAAAUACAAUAAAUAAAA